AUGCCCCACGCAGCUACGGACGUGUCGCGUCCUUGUUCGUCUUCUUCCUCUUCAAAAGGUAAUAAAGAGGAAGUCAUUAUUGAUGAAGAUGUUAAAUUACUGAAGGAAUUGAACUAUGAACCCAUUUUACACAGACAGUUCGAUUGGUUUGACAAUUUCUGUGCACAGUUUGCUGCGCUCGACAACAUCAAUACUGUACGUAUGACCUUUACGAUGGGCGUACACUUUGCGGGUCCUGCUGCUUACUGGAUCGCAUUUCUCGUAUCGUCUGUGUUUGCCAGCAUGACUGCUGCAACCCUGGCAGAAGUGUGUUCCGCUUUGCCGGCUGCUGGAUCUGUGUACUUUUGGGCAGCGAAAGCUGCUGGCCCAAAGUUUGGUAUGUUGGCUGCUUUCCUCGUUGCCUGGUGGUCGGCGACAGGUUGGACUACAUUCGCAGCAUCAAACUCCCAAGCUAUUACGGGUUAUAUUUUUGCCGAAGUGAAUGUGUUCGGAGGUUCCUACAAAACCGACGUUAACGACGUUCAUUUUCGAGCGGUGCAGUGGAUAGUGGCCGAAGCGCUUUUACUCAUCUGCAUUAUUCUCAACCAAUUAUCGCCGAAAAAUUAUCGCUGGGUGUUCCGCAUAGCAUUUUUUUUCAUUAUUGUUGAUGUUUUGCUGAACUUUAUAUGGCUUCCUAUUAGCGUGUCGAGGUCCUAUGGCUUUAGGGAUGCAAAAUUUGUUUUUACGGCUAUCCGUUAUCCUGCCGAGUAUCUGGAUGCUGCAAAACAACAUAUUGUUCCGCAUGCAUGGAAGUGGUGUCUUGCGUAUUUUGCAAGCACCGGUGUCCUCUGUGGCAUUGACGCAUCAGGUCAUGUCGCCGAAGAAACCCGACACGCUUCCAAGUCAGCAGCUCAUGGUUUGUUUUGGUCCACCGUCAGCACUGCAGUGCUUGCGUUCGGUUGUGUCAUCAUGUUUCUCUUUUGCAUCCCCCCUGAUGAUAUGUUGGAACAGACUUUGUACAACGAGUCUAGCACGCAACCGUUCGUCAACAUGUAUGCUUUAGCACUGGGAAGAAAGGCUCAUGUGUUUAUGAACGUGUGGAUUAUCAUUGAAAUGAUCUUCAACACAUCAAUCGGCAUUGUCGCUUCUAGUAGACUGGUGUUUGCUAUUGCUCGUGAUGGAGUCUUGCCCUUCUCAGGUUGGAUUAGCAAGGUUAGCAAGGACGGUCUGCCUCGCAAUGCUAUUACAGCCAUCUAUAUCAUUGCAUCACUUAUUCUUUGCUCCAUUCUUCCAAGCAACAUGGCAUUUUCUUCUCUUAUUUCCGGUGGUGUAACGCCCGGUUUCGCUAUUUACGCUCUCAUUAAUAUUUGCCGUUUGCUUAACCUUAACCCAGAAAUGCCUGCUGCUCGCUGGUCGGUCGGCAUUUUCUCAAAACCCUUUCAAUUUUGUGCUAUCAUUUAUAACAUUUUCGCUUUCGCCAUCAAUGUCUCUCCCUAUGCGUACCCGGUAACGGGAAAAAACUUCAACUACUCCUGUGUGAUUUUUGGUUCUGUUACCAUUUUCGCUUUUCUCUGCUGGAUAUUUGUUCCAAGGGACAAAUGGUUGACCGCCGUUUUUGAGCGAAUGCGCACCGUUUAA